CAAUAAACAUCUACAAUGCUCUAUUAAAAUUGAAACUAUGUAAUUACUGUCAAAUUUUUGUUUAUAAAUAAUAUCAGAAAAUAACUCACCAUGUAUGAACCUUUCAAAACUAUAACUUCAAAAUUUUUAAAAUGUUUUUAGUUUUCUCUUUUAGUUACACAAAAAGAUGAUCAACAUUGGUAUAAGAUGAAAAGAUUUCUGAAGCAGUUAAACCAAGUCCUAAAUUUUGAAGUUUUUUUUCAAGAAAUUGCCGAAAAACGAUCUCAUGUGCCUGUUCUUCCAAAUGAGAACACUGUUCAACAGAAGGAGCCGCUAGUAUAUCAACAUGUCGGUUGGGCACAUCAGCCUGUCACCACGUACUCAUCACCAGUACGAAUUGAACAAUCUUCCACUGCAAUUUAUACAUUUCCAUCGUUUACUGAAAAAUUCAUAAUAGAAAAUAUUGAUGAAAACAAACUCAUCUAUGAUCCCAAAAAUAAUUUUGGUGAUAAAAUAGAACUAUCUUUGGAAUGUUUGCCAAUUAUAGAUGAUUUGACUGUUGCCACAAAAAACAAUGAGACAUUAGUAGAAGAUAAAAGUACUGAUUUGAAGAUGAAAGAUGCAGAAGGAAAAAAUAGUAGUGGGAACUCAAGGAAGCAGUGGCAAGAAUUUUUCAAGCCUCCAACUCUUUCAAGUGGACAAACGGAUGGAGGCUGUACUUCGGAGCCUCUUCUGGCCUCGGAAGCUCCCAAAAACUCAAAUGCAGUUACUGGUCAAAUUCUGCACCACAUAUAUGUUGAAACGAAAAGCACCAUUGGCUCCGAAGGUUUGCGAACAGAAAGUGCUUCAAUACUUAGAUCCAUUAGUCAAACCAGUGACACCAGUCUUCCACAAUAAAAAUUGUACCUCACAGACUUCAUUAAUUAAAAAGAAUAAAAUAACACACUUAAAUAAACUGCACAAAAGUAUAGCUAAAAUAAAAAAGGCAAUUUUGGCAUCACAAGAUACAUAAAAACUAUACUGUUACUUAUAUCAACAAGAAAUAAACUAACAACAUUUGAAAUAAAGAAUAAAAUUUAUUUGU